UUCGCCCGUUGGACAUGCACGAGCAGAGACUAUCCCAAAUGAUGAUGGUAGGGUCACGAUCCGUGUCUACACUGCUGGAACAACAUGCACGGAUGUGUCAAUGAUUGGACAACGAGCAAAGCUUCUCGGAGACAGUUCACGGUAUCUGGCUAUUUGGCUUUCCAUGAUCAAACAUGGGAAGCCAGCAGUAGCCAUCCACGAGUGCACUCCUUAUUUUGACCAGUCAGUCUUCCAGAAGUAUCUUGGCGAGUCCUUUGAAAUUCAUCGCUUUGAAGAACCGCACGCAUGGAAAGAUUUAUCUCGGAACGCAAAAGUCGGUGGCCCCCGCGUGUGGCUUCUCUCACCAACUCUCUUUGGAUGGCCUUGUUCAAGACCCAGGCUUUACACAGUCCUGACCAACAAGUCUGUAUGCAUGUUGCAAGGCAGAGGCCUUGCAUGCAUGGAGCAUCUCUACAUGAAGGUAAACAUGCAGGUGGCGGAUUUGUUCUGUGCUCCCAAGGAAGAGAUUGCUGCCUUAAGGAAGGCCCAGGCAAAGAAGGCCGCCAGGCCUUCUACAGAUCCUUUCAAGAAUUUUCUUCAAGGUGCCAAGCCGGUGUACCGAGAUGGAUACUGUACCCUCAAGAAGGUCCAGAAAAGGUUUGAAAAGAAGUCAAGCCGACAAUUGGAUUGGAUUAAUGUGUUUCAUUGUUGCUGUAGCAACAAGCAGCAUCAUGCGCUGUUUUUUUUCUUGUGUUUCGCACAGCAAAGGACCCAAAUACAUGAUCUGCAAUUUGAACCAGAACCCGAAGUCAAGACCAGUGGCCAAUCGCUUUCUACCGACGUUGUUAAAGGCUGGCGUUAUGUGGCUUCUUGCGCAAGAUCACCCAGAAAGCAUUGAGGAACGAGCCAUGACAGGAUCUGAACAUCUUUGCGCAAUGGGGUGCCCGAUGUA